GGCGCCGUGAGAGGUGGCGGCCAUCUUGGCGGUGGAGCGAUGAGCGGGUCGAACUCGAAGGCUGCGACCGCGGGGCCGGCGUCUGGGCCCGGCGGGCUGGUGGCUGGCAAGGAGGAGAAGAAGAAGGCGGGCGGCGGCGUCCUGAACCGGCUUAAGGCGCGGCGGCAGGCGCCCCCAAACUCCGCCGACGACGGCACCGGGGCUGCGGUCACGGAGCAGGAGCUGCUGGCGCUGGACACCAUCCGCCCUGAGCACGUCCUGCGCCUCAACCGGGUCACCGAGAAUUACUUGUGCAAACCUGAAGACAAUGUCUACAGUAUUGAUUUUACCCGCUUCAAAAUUCGAGAUCUGGAGACAGGGACGGUGCUCUUUGAGAUUGCCAAGCCUUGCAUCUCAGACCAAGACCAGGAUGCCGAGGAGGAGAGUGUCGACGUGGAUAUCAGUGUAGGGCGUUUCGUUCGCUAUCAGUUCACACCAGCCUUUCUCCGCCUCCGGACAGUUGGUGCCACGGUAGAGUUUACAGUGGGGGACAGACCUGUGUCAAACUUCCGGAUGAUUGAACGGCACUACUUCCGGGAGCGUUUGCUGAAAAACUUUGACUUUGAUUUUGGCUUCUGCAUCCCCAGCAGUAGAAACACGUGCGAACACAUCUAUGAGUUCCCACAGCUCUCUGAGGACGUCAUUCGUCUGAUGAUCGAAAACCCAUAUGAGACCCGCUCGGACAGCUUCUACUUUGUCGACAACAAGCUGAUAAUGCACAACAAGGCUGACUAUGCCUAUAACGGCGGCCAGUAACGUCACAGGAGUGGACAGGGAAGGUGCUUUGCUGCCACCACGAGGCAUAUGGGGGAAUUGCAGCUACUGCUUGUCAACACUCUGAACCUGGUCCUGGAAGCUGCAACAGGGGUGGUGGUUUGUGCUCCAAGGAAGUGCCGGCCAGCAGUUUCUUGUUUGUUUUCCCCUGCCCCCUAGUUUGCAGAGGUAUUAUAGUGAAGUAAAAGAUUAGGAUAAGGUUCCUGGGAUCCAGAUAAAAGUGUUUAUUUCUGUGUAGUCUUCGCUAUGCACUGGUUGUCCCGACAAGCCCGACUAUCCAGGCACAGCUGUGUUAGUGAGAAGGCUUAGGCUGAGCCAACCUGCAGGUUCCCAGCCAGACUGCAGCUUCCUGGGUGCUAUGGGCAGGUGAAAGCAGUUUGUUUGCUCCUCCCCACGGUAUUGCAUUGGAGCAGUCUGCCCUCAGCCUACACACAGGAAGACUUGAUAGCGGUACUGGGUUGGAGGUGAAAGACAAGGUUUUGAGGAUACUACUUAACUGCUUUGGGGGACCCACAGCCAGUCCUUGGGGAGACCAUGGUGAUGCCUGCCUUUUCUUACUCUGGAGGCCGGCCAUUGAGCCUGCUCUGCUUCCCUGGCCAUGACUUUUACUGCAGUAGACCACGUCAGUUUUGUUCACGGAGCACAGUGUCUCUUGAGUUCAGUGCAGGACGGUCGUGCUCUGGGCUCUUUGUUCUCAGACUUCUCUGGGGAGUCUUACACAGUGUCAGUGUGCUAGUACCUGAGAUACGGGUAGAGCUCUGCUAACAUGGAUUGGCUCCCAGGCUAAGCUGGCUCCUGGUGGGAAAGGCAUGGUUGCAGCGCGGCUGGUGCUUAGGAGUGUUUUUCUGCCUGCCUUUCUACUGAAGUUGUUCUGGAACCAUCUGGCGGAUGGUCUUGAGUAGUGCACAUUCUGAUGCCUGCUUCAGGCUGCUGGAUGUCUGAGUAUUGGAAAGGGCAGCGUGGGCUGGGGCUGCCUGCUGGAGCACUGUGUCCUUAGCUUCCUGCACCUGUCAUGGGCGUAAGCUGACCUCAGAUCCUUCCUGACUAACUCCCACCUCUUUGGCUCCCCAGCUUGGAGCUUCAGGACUCUGUGCUGUGGCUCAGGUCCAUUUAGCGUUGGCGGAAGUGUCAGUAGUAAGGAGCAGAUGUACAGAAGUGUCCCUGAGGUAUGGCAUCCAUGUGAUGAGAGCAGGCUCCCAGAGUGCUCUCUGAGAAGAAGGGCACACUUUGGCCAGUGUCUCUCUGUGUUUGGCUUCUAGAGCAUUAGUAGCCUUAGAUUUUGUCCUGUGUUCUACAUCUGGCCAGCACGUAACAAUGCCAUAUGCUGAAAGUUUUCAGAAUGAGAAAGUCCUAUUUACCCUUCAUGCUGCACUGGGUUCACCCACUGAGACGGGAGAGCCCAGGUGCCCUCUGGGCGGGCACCUCUUACCAUUCUCGAAUCUCAGAGCUGGAGUCCUCCAGAUCUAGGUGCCUUAGUGCGCUCUGCCCAUGCACUGCAGGGGAGCUGCUGUCCAUCUUUCUCUCCUACCCGCGUGCAGACAUGAGCGGUCUCUGUACCUUUCCUUAGGUGGCCCCUCUGAUGUUCUUACAAGGUUCCUCCUUGCUCUGUUACAGUCUGAUGAGGAGAGAUUUGGUUUCCAGUAUUUAAGUAAAUACUACCUAGGAGCAGCUUCCUGGAGCUGCAUGGUGUUUGCUCAGUGGAGCCCAGUUUGGGCUGUUCCUGUAUUCUGGCACACUGUUUCUUGCCUGUAGUUCUUGCUUUUGCUUGGAGGGCCCCAGAGGAUGGAGGAGCUGGGCACACUGGCUUGAACAGGACUGCAUCCCCUUCCAGUUAGUCCUGGUCACAUUGAAGACCACGCUGAGGCCAGGGCUUGGUCGUUGUUGGCAGGAUGAACUGGCCCUCCAUUGCUGCUGAAGGCCAGUGGUCUGUGUCUGCCUUCUUAGGGAAGUGUCUUGCUGUUUUCAAUGAGUUCAAAAUUCUGCCUUUUGUAUCUGACCUAUGUAAACUGGAAUUCAUACUUUGAAAAUAAUGAGCGGAAGCCGAGUCAAGUCACGUUGUUCAGGAAUACCAACCAUCCAUAGUGGCUUCCUGUGCUACAGCGGGAGAGAAACAGUGCUCCAGUGCGAGGACGCCAUGUCCUGUGUCGAGAGCAGGAAUCUGAGCAGAAGGCCGCUCCUAGGACGACCUCAUCCCAGCAACCAGGCAGAACCCUUGCUUUCUGCUCUGAGGCCGGACAUGCUUGUUCUCCGUCCCUGCCCUCUGCCUUGGGGCUGAGCUGCCCUCAAUCUGCUUUUAUUUUGUUCUCAACCAUAAGCAUAGGAGUAAAGAUGGCCAGUACCCGAGGCUGAGAUCAACUAUUGUCUCCGGUUAGCUCUGCGUUGUCUUGCACAGACUUUCUGAAGCUUCUCCAGGCCUUGGGUAUUUCCUGUUCCAAGGCCAGUGCUUUGCAGCUUCUGGGACUGACCAUAGACUCAGAUUCUGAAAAUGUCCACAUUCCAUGUCCAGAGCAUCAUAGCCACAGGGGGUGGGGGGGAGAGGUGCCCCCCACUUUGUUUCACAGAGGGUCGUGUGAUAUCAUCAAAGUUGUGAAAGUCUGUUCUCCCUGUAAAUCUAUUUCUCACAGAAUGUGAGAAACACCUCUGUCCUUCUUCCCCUUCACCCAAGAUCCUCAUUCCAGAACAAACCAAGUGAUUUAUUUGUAUAAGAUGUUAUUUUACCAUAAGAGACAGUAAUAAAGAUUUUCACAAUA